AUGGCUAAACUUGAAAAGCAGAUAUGGAGUCGGCUGAACAACUUCGAACAAGAUGUGGGGAAGGUGGCCGAGACUGUAAAUGUCGACGCCAAGAUGUACACGUCUCACGACCACCCCUUCAUAGAGAACAUCAUUCGGGUGCCGCUGCCCGAUAAGUACAAGCCGCCGCCUAUCCCAUUGUACGACGGAAUGAGUGACCCAGACGACCACCUGGAAGUCUACACAGAGCACAUGGUCCUACGCGGGAGAUGGUUCAGGUCCCUAAAGUCGAACUCAAUAGCCAGCUGGGAUGACUUGAAGAAUGCCUUCCUGACUCAGUUCAUAGGUGUUAAGAAGUACAUCCCACCAAAGCAGAACCUCUCAAGGGUGUAUCAGGGACCAAACGAGUCCCUAAAAGAUUGGAUAGCCCGGUUUGGGGAGCAAGUGGCUGCCACCGAAGGGAUCUCCGAUGAGGUAGCCUUGAUGGGGGCCUUGUCAAGCAUGAAGGAGGACAUCCCAUACAGCACAGACCUUGACUGGAGGCCACCCCAAACCUACCAAGAAUUCCUGGCAAGGGCCCAAGGAUUCAUUAACGCAGAAGAGGCCAAAAAGGCCUUGAAGAGCAAAGUGGUGGUUCCCACCAAAGAAGAGGUGGGACAGCCGAGCCAGCAAAAUAAUGGUAAGAAACGCCGAGGUAACCCUCAGGUGCUGGCUAAGCCAAGGUAUAACCCGGCCCUAAACAAUAGGGGCGGCAACGCCUCGACUGGGCAGGGGGACACCAAGCGGGCCAAGCCACAAAGGUAUGACGCCUACACCCCAUUAACCAUGGGGAUUGAGGAUGUCUAUCAUGAGAUCAGUCACCUCCAGGUACUGCGUCGUCCACUGCCGCUGAAGUCUGACCUAGUGCAGAGAAGUCAAAACAAGUAUUACAGGUUUCACGGUGAAAGUGGACACACAGCCAGCGAGUGUUUCGACCAAAGGGAUGAGGUCGAGAGGUUGAUCCGUGAAGAGAGGCUCAAGGCCCGUUUAGUUCGUUGA